AGGCGAGGCUCGCGCGCCCGCCCCCGCCCCGGCCCCCAGCGCCCACCGGGUCGGCCCGGCCCGGCCCAGCCAUGAUCAAGGCGAUCCUUAUCUUCAACAACCACGGGAAGCCGCGGCUCUCCAAGUUCUACCAGCCCUACAGUGAAGAUACACAGCAGCAGAUCAUCAGGGAGACUUUCCACUUGGUCUCUAAGAGGGAUGAGAAUGUCUGUAAUUUCCUGGAAGGAGGAUUAUUAAUUGGAGGAUCUGACAACAAACUGAUUUAUAGACAUUAUGCAACGUUAUAUUUUGUCUUCUGUGUGGAUUCUUCAGAAAGUGAACUUGGCAUUUUAGAUCUAAUUCAAGUAUUCGUGGAAACAUUAGACAAGUGUUUUGAAAAUGUCUGUGAGCUGGAUUUGAUUUUCCACGUAGACAAGGUUCACAAUAUUCUUGCAGAAAUGGUGAUGGGGGGAAUGGUGUUAGAGACCAACAUGAAUGAGAUUGUUACACAGAUUGAUGCACAGAAUAAGCUGGAGAAAUCUGAGGCUGGCUUAGCAGGAGCCCCAGCCCGUGCUGUGUCAGCUGUAAAGAAUAUGAACCUUCCUGAGAUCCCAAGAAAUAUUAACAUUGGUGACAUCAGUAUAAAAGUGCCAAACCUGCCCUCUUUUAAAUAAAAAAAAAAUUAAAAGGCCACUCCCAGGUAAAAUCCAGGGGGAGAAGUCAUCUAAGUUUACCAUGCAGUUGUUUACCAAAAAUAGAGGAGGAGAGUCUUAAGUUUCGCUCUUGGAUUUGAGUCAAGGUACUGUAUAGAACUUGUGUAAAAUCAGUCCGGAAGUUCAAUGUUGCUUUUCUUGCUCAGUGAUUUUAAAGAAAUUGAGUCGCUCCAGUGUGAUUUUCUCUUUCCUGACCUGCAUUCCUGUGCCCACCUAAAGGCAUGCCUCUGCAUUGUGUGUCCGGCAGUGCGUGGGUGUUUCUUUAAUGAUGUACCACUCGGAUACCAGUGUGUGUGUGGAUCGCAGUGCAGCGUCCUCGGUUCUCUCUGCUCUUUGUCACAAUCGUUAUUUAAAAACCAAGUGUGUAUUGCAUGAAAACAUUAUGACCGUUUUAGUUUAAAUAAACUCCAAGGUAACUGGA